AUGGACAGCUGUGUGGCUCUCAUUCUUCUGUGCUCCACAAUCUCACUCAAAACAGCUGUCACUGUGAGGUUGGUGGAUGGGGGCAGUCGCUGUGCUGGGAGAGUGGAGGUUUAUCGCAGUGGACAGUGGGGAACAGUGUGUGAUUAUUAUAACUGGGAUAUGACAGAUGCUGCAGUGGUGUGUAGAGAGCUGGGCUGUGGAGAGGCUCAGAGUAUUGCUAAGUUUGGUCCAGGGUCAGGACCAAUAUUGAUGGGAUUAGUGGGGUGUCGUGGAUCGGAGUCUACACUGAACAGCUGUUACUUUACUUCAGAUUAUAGUCAUUAUUGCACUUCUCAUGAUCAAGAUGUUGGAGUCACCUGCUCAGGUAGAAAGUCCAGACUUGCUGAUGGUCCUUAUCUCUGUUCUGGGAGAGUCGAGGUGCUUCAUGUGAAUACCUGGUCCACAGUGUGUGAUUCUGACUUUGACCAGCAGGAUGCAAAGGUUGUGUGUCGAGAGCUGGGCUGUGGGAUUGCUAUGGAGGUGCUGGGAGCAGCUGCUUUUGGCAGAGGGCAGGGUCAAGUAUGGUCAAAGAAUCUUCAGUGUAGAGGGGACGAAUCUGAAAUUUCUUUGUGUCCAACAUCAUCUUCACUCAAACACAACUGUCAACAUGAGAACGAUGUGGGUCUUAUAUGUUCUGGUUUUUGUUGCCACAUAGGGGCUCGACUGGUGAACGGAUCUGACUCUUGUUCUGGUCGAGUGGAGCUCAGGUAUCUCAGUGAGCCCACAGUGAGCACAGUGUGUGGUGUAAGCUGGGAUAUGAGAGCUGCCAGUGUCCUCUGUGGUCAGCUGAAGUGUGGGAGUGCUGUGGCUGUGUUGGGGUCAGACUGGUUUGGGGAGGGGAGUGGCCGGAUCUGGGUUGAUGUGUUUGAUUGUCAGGGGAACGAAACACACCUGUCGGAAUGUCCCAUUUCAUCAUGGAGUCGAACUGCAUGCUCUCAUAAACAGGAUGUUGGAGUCAUCUGUAAUGGUUCCUCUCUGGCAUUUCAUGAAGGGAGUGUGCGGUUGUCUGGAGGGAUGGAGUGUGAGGGGGAGGUGGAGGUGUACUUCAGGCAGGACUGGAGGAGAGUUCUGCUGGACUCCUGGAGUGAGUCUGAGGCCUCUGUGGUCUGCAGACAGCUGGGCUGUGGCUCUGUGUUCAGCUUCUCCAGCUCCUCUCCAUCCAGUCCUGAACACAGACACAUGUGUGUGACAGGUUUCAGUUGUUCUGGGAGUGAAGCUCAUCUGGGGAACUGCAGCAGCGCACAAGCAGUCAGCUGUAGCUCCAGAGAACAGCUCUCAAUCACCUGCUCUGGUAAGCCUCUUAAUCUAGCUAUCAGGCUGGUUGGUUCUGGGGGAGACUGUGCAGGAAGGCUGGAGGUUUUCUACAACGGCUCAUGGGGGACAGUGAGUGAUGACUUUUGGGAUAUUGAGGAUGCACAGGUGGUCUGCAGACAGCUGCAAUGUGGAGUGGCCCUCAGUGCUCUGGUACCAGCCUGGUUUGGACCUGGAACUGGACCCAUAUGGCUGAAUGAGGUGGAGUGUGAGGGGAACGAGGCGUCCCUGUGGAACUGCAGAUUUCAGCUGUGUGGAGAGGAUGAAUGUGGACACAAGGAGGAUGUAGGAGUCGUGUGCUCAGAGUUUAAAGAGAUCAGACUCACUGAGGGCUGUGAGGGAAAUCUGGAAGUGUUCUACAAUGGAACCUGGGGUAAUGUUUGUGUAAAUGGGAUGGAUGAAGAAACAGCAAGUUUGAUCUGUCAGGAGCUGAACUGUGGAAGAUCUGGCAGUGAGUCUUGGGCCAAAGCAAGAGUGGAAUCAUCUCCUAACUGGCUGGAUAAUCUGAAAUGUAGGAAACAAGACUCCACUCUGUGGCAGUGUCCAUCUUCACCCUGGAGACAGAACAACUGUGAUAAUCGCACUGAGGUGGCUCGCAUUACCUGCUCAAAUCACCUGCCUCUCAGGCUGAGGGGAGGAAAGGGAAGCUGCUCCGGGAGGCUGGAGGUGUAUCAUAAUGCUGAGUGGGGGUCCGUCUGUGAUGAACUGUGGGACAAGAGGGACACUCAGGUUGUCUGCAGGCAGCUGGGCUACAAGUUUGUUCCUUCUACUGAAAUAAAAAACACCAUCUCCACCUCCAUAGGUGGUCAGCCAACAAAGAGGAUUCCUUCACAAACUCUUCCACCAGCUGUUCCGUCCACCUAUCAAGUGUCUCUCCUGGUUCUGGGAGUGGUGCUCUUCCUGGCUUUAGUGCUUCUGGUUGUGGUGUUCUACCAGAACAGAGUGCUCAGGAGAGUGCUCUCUAAGAGGAGGCGUAAGACUCUGACUGAGGCAGUCUAUGAGGAGAUCGACCGCAGAUACAUCACUAAAAGAGCCACUGUCUCAAUUGAAAGGAGAAGUAUCCUCUCUGAAGAACAGCAUUCAAGAUAUGAGGAUGUGGCUGAGGAGCUUCUCUCAGGAAGUAUCCUCUCUGAAGAACAGCAUUCAGGAUAUGAGGAUGUGGAUGAGGAGCUUCUCUCAGAAAAGUUUCUGACUGGAGAAAAAGCAGAAUAUUAUGAUGAUGUCAUCUCCAGCAGCCUGAUAAGUGAAUCAGCAAAAGAGGACACAGCCGAGAGCUAUGAUGAUGCCUUCACUGCUGGACAGAUCUCUGAUAGUGUAGCAGAAGACAUGACAGAUAACUAUGAUGAUGCUAUUACCGCUGGACCAAACUCCAACACUGUGACAUUGGACAAACCAGAGAACUAUGAUGAUGUCAUCACUGCUGGACAGGAUGUAGAAGGAGUAAAAGCUGCAAAGCUCAAUGCUGUUGGACAUCGAUGGCUUGCUGCUUUAUCCACAUAUGAUUGUGAUCUCCAGUAUCGCCCAGGCCAACAAAACAUAGACGCAGACCUGCUGUCAAGGAGCAUUCCUGAUGAGGACAACACUGACUAUGAUGACGUGGAGGAGGAGCCUCAGAGAGAGAUGAAUCAUGACUGA